AUGAGUUCCAACAACGGCACGUCAUUUAACCUCAACAUCUUUCAGUCGUCCUCUUCAGGGUCUGAUGGCGAUUCUCCCAGCGAUCAGGUCGACGGCCUAGCCCCAAGCGCGAGCGCUACCGACGGUGCAGUGCCUAGGGCUAGUGCAGAGCACAAGUCAGGCCCAGGGACUUGGGGCCGCCGAGUUCGAUUCAAUAGCGACGCUAUAAAGCAUGCAAUUUUUGGAUCAAAUCAAUUCGAGGCUGAAAAGGAAUCUCAAUCAUCAUCGGCGAUGCAGGUGGCGGACCCGGCGCAGCCAGCCGCCGCGGGUGGUGAUUCUUCCGCUGAUAAUUCAUACCGAUUCGACGAGAUAUACUCGUCUCAGAGUAGUCCCACACAAGAAGACGAGUAUUUGCGGUCGUUCGAGAAUGGAACUGCCACUCCAAACGGUACUACCACCGACGGCUCUCAGCAAACCCAUACGGAUGCCAUACAGGACCCAGGUGCUCUACGGGAAGCCGAGUCUCUCCUGAGGGCUCAUAUGCCGGAUAUUCAUGUUUCUACUACAGAACCAGAAGGGAGAGCAGCGGAGACUACGCAGACGGAUCAAGAUCACAUUGUCACUGUGAAUCCACGUGGAGGUCUCUUCUUCCACAUUCUACAAGGAUACAAUAACCAGACCCAACACAAUAAUCGCAAAAAUGAAAAGAAGGACGAGCCCUUGCCUCCGGAUGGCAAAAGCUCUGCCCCAUCUAGCCGCCCUUCAAGCCGCCCCUCGACGCCUACGCGUCGGAAAUGGUACAAAAACUCACACCAAAGCACACCGUCUCUGGACACUGUCGGACAGCUAUUGGAGUCCUCCUCGAGGCUCGCAGCGCAGAGCGUCAAGGCUGGCGUACCACUCAACACACCGCCAGUGAUGAAGAGGCCGCAAGCUCCGCGUACAGCAAGCGGGCGGAUCAAGUCUCUCAUGGGACUCAAGCGCGAGAAUGAUGCCAAAAUCACCGUUCACGUUGCGGGAAUCCUUCAGAGGCAAAAGUAUAUCCUCAAGAUGUGCCUUGCGCUCAUGAGAUAUGGUGCGCCAUCUCACCGUCUCGAGGAAUAUCUGUCCACAACCGCCAAGGUCUUGACCAUGGAAUGUCAGUUCCUGUAUAUACCGGGCUGCAUGAUCAUCUCCUUUGACGAUGUCUUGACGCACACAACAGAGGUCAAGAUGGUGCGAGCAUCACAAGGUGUCAACCUCGGCAAGCUCAAGGACGUGCACCUCAUCUACAAGGAAGUCCUGCACGACAUUAUUGGUCUGGACGAGGCACUGUCCAGACUGGAGGCGAUUUUGAAGGCGGAAAACCGCUGGCCGGUCUGGCUGUGCAUUCUCAUGUACGGGCUCGCGAGUACUGCCGUUUCGACAUUCUUUUCAUCACGCUUGAUCGACAUGCCCGUCAUUUUUGUUCUGGGCUCGCUCUUGGGUGUCUUGCAACUCGUCAUUGCCCCAGUUUCCGCCACCUACAACACCAUUUUUGAAGUCAGCGCGUCCAUUCUGCUAACCUUUCUCUCACGCGCCGUUGCCAGCGUUCGCGGUGGUAACCUGUUUUGCUUCUCUGCGCUGACGCAGAGUUCCAUUGCCAUGAUUCUCCCGGGAUGGCUCGUGUUGUCGUCGGCGCUGGAGCUUCACUCCAAGGCUAUUGUACCGGGCUCUAUCCGGAUGGUGUAUGCCAUUAUUUACUCCCUGUUCCUUGGUUAUGGCAUUACAGUUGGUACGGCGCUGUAUGGUGCCGUGGACCCUGAUGCCGUCUCAUCAACGACUUGCCAGAAUCCAUUGAGCAAGUACUGGGCUUUUCUCCUUGUUCCAUUUUACAUCUUCUUUCUCCUUUUCACGGUCCAGGCGAAGUGGAAACAGAUGCCCGUCAUGAUUCUCAUUGCCUUGGCUGGUUAUGCAGUCAACUUUUACACGUCGCAAAAGUUUGCAGCCAGCGCGCCAAUUGCCUACACUUUUGGCGCGUUCGUCAUUGGCAUACUCGCCAACCUCUACAGCAGAGUGCGCCACGACGUGGCCGCCGCGAUCCUGUUGCCCGCCGUCUACGUGCAGGUGCCGGGUUCGCUGGCUUCCAGCGGCGCCAUUACGGUCGGGCUGAAGACGGCUACGUUGCUGACGCAAACCAAUGGUACGGAUUCUACGGAUAGCACCCAGCUCAACGCUCUCGCUUUCAACUUUGCCGCUAGUAUGAUUCAAAUCGCUAUUGGCAUCACUGUUGGAUUAUUCGGUUCCGCUCUCCUCAUCUACCCCCUAGGCAAACGUCGCAGCGGAUUAUGGACGCUGUAA